AUAGAAACAAUUCAAGUUUAAACAUGUUUAGGUACUAAAUUACCUAGGUAGGUACCUAAGAAACUCAGCCUCAGCUAGGUACCUAGGUGAUCGCUGCUGGAAUAUGCUGUGUACCAAGCCACUUCGAUCUUCCUUGGAAAGAUCACGUCAAUGGCCAUCAGAUCCCCGAAAUGCGGAGAACAAGCCAACAGCUAACUACAACCAUAUUUCUAGUUUCGAAGCUAAAGUAUCAUUUAUUGAUCAGCUAAUCUGAUCCUCACUUGACGACAUACUUGAAUUCUUUACAGAAUGGACGGCUUAUACAAGCACGAUUAGUGGCCUACGUUAGCUUUUGCCUCGUCAUCAACGCCGUGCCAGAAACUAGGCCAUAGAAUAUGUCAUCCUUGAUUGGCUUCAGGCAUGCAAUUAGGCCAUGCCGUCGUCUUGGCCCUGAUUCUCGACAUCAUGACUUCAUCAGGUCUUUGUGUUGGUUAACAACCCCGCCAUCGUCGCCGUCAAUGGUUGCGGAGAAAGCUUCUUUAAAUGGAGGAGAGCACACCCGAACAUCUCUCCUCUUCCAAUAUGUACCAGGUAGUUAACCAUUAAGCAACAUUCGUGACGCCGGCUUCGUAUCACAUCCAGUGCAACUUUUUCAUCUUUCUCGCCGUCAGUUAGUUACCAUGCAGUAUAAGAAAGCUCUUCCCUUGGCGCUGGCCUCUCUUGCCGCCGCUCAGACACCGAGCUUGAGUGACGCUCUAGGUUCUCAAAACUCGUCUCUGUCGUCUCUGAAUGCUCUUAUUGCAUCUAACUCCCAAUUUUUCGAGUCUCUGAAUAAGUUGCAAAACGUCACCAUUCUGGCCCCCAGCAACGAUGCUAUUAGUGCUCAGACUAGCAACAAUGAAACCGCCUUUCAGCUUGACGACUCCGACUAUCUGCAGGCUUUGCUGAGUUACCAUAUCCUGAAUGGGACAUACCACAACGAUAGUUUUGGAAACGAAUCAGUCUUCAUUCCUACAUUGCUGACCAACAAGACGUACACCAACGUAACUGGUGGUCAGGUUGUUGAAGCCCGGCUUCACGAUAAUAACGUGACCUUCUUCAGCGCUCUAAAGGAGAAUGCCACUAUCAUCACUCCCAAUGUGAACUUCACUGGCGGCACAAUCCACAUUAUAAACAGUCUCCUCGUUAUCCCCCAGAAUGCGACAGAAACUUUGUCCAACGCAAACCUCACUGCUGCUAAGGGUGCUGUCAGCACGGCCAAUCUGACUGACUCGGUCAUUGACACUCCCAACAUUACCAUCUUCGCCCCGAACAAUGACGCCUUUAACGCUAUUGGAAGCGUAAUUGGAAACCUUACUUCGAACCAGUUGACUAAUAUCCUCGGCUACCAUGUCGUCAACGGCUCCGUCAACUAUAGCACAAAACUGCAAAAUACGACACUUACUACCGUCAACGGACAAGACAUUACCAUCACCGUGGUAAACGGCACUGUAUAUGCCAACUCGGCAAAGAUCACGGUUCCCGAUAUCUUGUUGGAGAACGGCGUCGUCCACGUAGUCGAUCAAGUCUUAAACCCGGGUAACACGUCUGCGGCCCCUGAUACGACAGCUUCGUCAGCCACACCUGCGUUCACCAACGCCAGCUCCGGAUCUGAAGGUGUACCUUUCACUAGUGGCGUUACAACCCCUACUACCACUUUCCCCGCCGCUACAUCAGCAGGCGGUCCGGCAGAGUCGUCUAGUCCAGAAGGCGCAGCUAUGCCCAUGAAGACUGGUGCCGUUGGCGCUGCUGCUCUCUUCGGUGGCGCAGCCAUUAUCGUAAAUUUGUGAGGAAUAUUGGUUGUGCUCAACUAAGAAUUAAUACGAAGGGAAGGAAAUUAUGAGGGGGUAUACGUUCCAUUAGUGUAAUACAUAAGGCAUAUCGCUUAUACUAGGCAGUAUCUA